UCAUGUACAGCUACAAACAAAACACACUGCAGCAUGUAACUAACCCCUCCCUAUAAGAAAGCUCCAAGCCCAGCCUUAUGUUCUCUGCCAGCUCCUGGGUCUCCACCUACAGUUCACAUGCACAGUUUCUGUCACCGAGGUUUCUUUUAUAUUGCUGUUCCUGCAAACUUUGUACAGAAUCAUUCCUCCCAUGAUCAGGAUCAUCAGCUCACCAGACUUCGCCCCGAGGAUCAGAGCCAACCAUAGAAGACCACAACACAGACAAAUUCCACCCAGCUCUCCAGCACAGUAACAAGCUAAAGUGAAAAUCACUCUGCUGCAGCAGCGCAUUGGAGAUUGUGACUCAUCCAUCUUUCCUGCAGGCAUACAGUAGUUAAAUGGAAAACUGAAAUGUUCUUUAUCUUAGUUGGUAAUGCAGCUAAAAAUGUAAAUAAUUAAAUUGGUUGCUGCAAUAGAAGGGUCCAUAUAUUGAGCCCUACAGCACAAAAAUAUUAUGUCGUAUUGGAGAUCCAGCAAAUGAUCACAAACUGCCUCAGUAUCAUCCAAAGUAUCUCCAAAAAUUUCUUAUUUUUGAGCUUAAAUUGUUUUACUGACAUUUUUUUAAAACAUUUUAAAAACAUUUAUUACAGAAUUAAAAUGAAAACUGCAUAUCUUUCCCCAGCAUACUUGCUGUGUUCUGUAUAUGUAAUAAGUGCGCUCUGUGUCAUGGCUGAGAAAGGCUGUACUGUCACUCUAGAAAAAGCUGACUGCAGUCACAGGGAAUUGACUGUAAUCCCACCCGAUCUCCCAGCCAGUAUUAAAGUACUAGAUCUCUCCCAUAAUAGACUGAAGAGGCUGCCUGCAGCUAAUAUCUCUAGAUAUGACAAACUAGAACACCUAGAUGUCGGUUAUAACACGCUACACAUUCUAGAAACAGAAUUGUGUCCGAAAUUACCAAUGCUGAAAAUAUUAAACCUGCAACACAAUGAGUUUGUGAAGAUUCCGGAGAAAGGCUUCUUCUCCUGCCAAGGCCUUGUCGAGCUGUAUAUGAAUUCAAAUGGAAUCAGGGAAAUUACUGAGAACCCAUUUGAAAACCUACAGAGUUUGCAAAUUCUGGAUGUAUCUCACAAUAAAAUGACAUCUACUGCUCUUGGAGACAAGGAACAGUUACCGAAUCUGACUGAACUUCUGUUUUCCCACAACAUGAUCACAGAAUUAAAGAAGGAGGCUCUAACGUUUCUUAGCAGCAACAACACUAUGCAGAAGCUUGAUCUUUCGUCCAACCCUGUGAAACUGAUUCAACAAGACUGCUUUCAGCAACUAGGAAAUCUUCGUACACUUAUAAUGGCUAACAUGACACUUGGGACCAAGUUGACAGAACAAGUUUGCUCAGAAUUAGCCAGUACUAAAAUUGAAGUCCUUAUUCUACUUAAUAGUCAACUUUCAAAGAUACACAAUACAACUUUAAAAGGGCUAGCCGCCACAAAUCUAACAAGUUUGGAUAUCUCCAAAAACAGCUUGUCCGUGAUUGAUAAUAAUUCUUUUAUUUAUUUGCAACAUUUGAGAAUUUUAAACUUGGAGGAAAAUCAAGUCAGUCAUCUAAGUUCCAGAUCAUUUAAUGGUUUAUCCAGUGUCAAGAGCUUGAACUUAAAAAACUUUUUCAGCAGUUCAAAAGACAUUAAAAUUGAUGACUUAUCAUUCCAGUGGCUCAAAAACCUGGAGUACUUAAAUCUGGAAAACAAUAAACAACUGGCCCCUACAGAAGUCACUUUUACAGGUCUGAUAAGUUUAAAGAAUGUAAGCUUCAGUGGAUGCAAUUUUCCAGUUGUUACUAAUAACACAUUUUCAUCUUUCUCAAAAUCACAAUUAAUAUUGCUGAAUCUGACAAAAACAAACUUAGCUAAACUAGAAUAUAGAGCUUUUUCCUAUCUGGAACAUCUUCAAGUGCUUGAUUUAGGCCUGAAUAGGAUUGACCAAGAGCUUCGUGGACAUGAAUUUGAAGGGCUUCAAAGUCUUAAAAUGAUUUAUUUAUCGUACAACAAACAACUGACUUUAACAAGUAAUUCAUUUAUUACUGUUCCAACUCUUGAAAAAUUAUACCUCAGAAAGUCAGCAUUAACUUUUAAAAGUCUGAGCACAUCUCCGUUUAGCCAUCUGCAGAACCUAACCUUGUUGGACCUUGGUAACAACAAUAUUGCUAACAUCGGAGAGGCUAUGUUUGCUGGGCUUCAUAAUCUUAGAAUUCUCAAUCUGCAGCACAACAAUCUGGAACGACUGUGGAAAAAAGCUAAUCCUGGUGGACCUGUUUUGUUCCUGAAAGGACUCAUUAGGCUGGAAAUACUUGACUUGUUGUCCAACGGCUUUGAUGAGAUACCUUCUGAUGCCUUCAAAGGACUCUCAAGCUUAAACAUCUUGGAAAUGGGUGAAAAUAAUGUUAACAUCCUGCCACCAUCAUUAUUCGAUGACCAAAGCUCACUUGUGGCUUUGGAUCUUCAUAGAAAUCUCAUAACUUCAGUUGAAGAAAAAACAUUUAAAAAUGUUUUUAGGAACCUGAACAGUUUAAAUAUGGCUGUGAACCCAUUUGAUUGCACAUGUGAAAGCAUAAUGUGGUUUGCUAAUUGGCUUAACAGUACAAACACAAGUGUCCAAGGCCGGCCCCUGCAAUAUGUUUGUAACACGCCCAUGAAUUACCAUGAUGGUUUAGUGCAGUCAUUUGAUAGUUCACCUUGCAAGGACACUGCUCCUUUUAAAGCCGUUUUUAUCACCACUUUCACUUUAACAAGUUGUUUUAUGUUUUUGGUUUUGUUUCUACAUUUCCAAGGCUGGAGAACUAAGUUUUACUGGAGUAUUUUGGAGAACAAAAUUCUUGGCUUUAGAGAAAUUGAUCCGGGUAAUAAAAUAUUUGAUUAUGAUGCUUAUAUCAUACAUGCCCAGAAAGACAUGGCUUGGGUUGACCGAUAUCUGCUUCCUCUUGAAAAAGACAAGACCUGCAAACUUAAAUUCUGCUUUGAGGAAAGAGAUUUUGAAGGUGGAUUAUCUGUUCUACAAUCAAUAGUCAACAGUAUCAACAGAAGUAGAAAGAUCAUUUUUGUUAUCACUAACUAUUUUUUAAAUGAUCAAUGGUGUAGAAGAUUCAAGAUACAACAUGCCGUCCAGCAAGCUAUUGAGCAGAGUCGUGAUUCCAUCAUUCUCUUAUUUCUUGAGGACAUCCCAGAUUAUAAACUAAAUCACACCAUCCACCUGAGAAGAGGCAUGUUCAAGAGUCGCUGCAUUCUAGAGUGGCCCGCUCACAAGGAAAGGGUGAAUGCUUUUAAACUAAAACUGAAAAGUGCGUUAGGGUCAAGUAACUUGGUAAACUGAACAUGGGCCAUAUGUACGUACGGAAUAUUUCACUUUUUGUUUUCAGAAAAACAAAUAAUUUAGCAAAGGGAUGGAGUGCUGCACCAAGGCAUCUCCCUUCUCUGCACUCCAUCGGCUCAUUGUACAUCUGACUGAGCCCCACAGCAUGCGUGUACCGCUGAGUGCAGGCUCUGUAACAGACUUCACCGGUUUCACUGUCCAUGCGGCUGAGAUCAGUCACAGCUGGGUCUUCCACUUACAGAUCAGUGGACUUUGCUGGGAGAUCCACUGGAAAUCAGUCUCUGCAGCGGUGAGCUUAUGUGCAUCACUUACAUCAUACGGCUAACUCUAUAGGGGUAAUUCACAGUUGAUCGCAGCAGCAAAUUUGUUAGCAGUUGGGCAAAACCAGGGUGGUCAUUCCGAGUUGAUCGCUAGCUGCAUUUGCUCGCAGAGCAGCGAUCAGGCUAAAAAACGGCAGUUCUGCGCAUGUGGCGCAAUGCGCACGCGCGACGUACAGGUACAACGAACGAUGCAGUUUUGCACAGGGUCUAGCGAUGCAUUUCAGUCGCACUGGUUGCCGCAGAGUGAUUGACAUGAAGUGGGCGUUUCUGGAUGGCAAAUGACCGUUUUUAGAGUGUGUUCGGAAAAACGCAGGCGUGCCAGGGAAAACGCAGGCGUGACUGGGCGAACGGUGGGCGGGUGUCUGACGUCAAAUCCGGAACUGAAUAGUCUGAAUGUUAUGAGCCACGGCUGUGGCUCAUUCCUGUUUUGCAUGUCAGUUAGGUAUUUUAUGUUAUUCUUCUGUUCAUGUUCCCCGUGGGUGUCAUGGGGUGCUCGGAACUCACCCUUAAGGAGGGGAUACUGUUAUGAACCACAGGUAGUGGUUCAUUCCUAUUUUAUGUUUAUAAGUUGUUUCGCAGGCCAGGAUUUCCCGUUGCUCUGUUUAAGAGUACUCUUGGUUGCUGCCGCUGGUGAGUCUGUGUAAUUGCAGCUUGUUCCCAUGUGUUCAGCCUCACCUGGCUGCUAAUUGCAUCUUGUCAGUUUGGAGUCAUGCAACAGGGUAGCUGCAUGAGAUUAUUAAUUAGGCCUCUCUGUUAUAUGCUGGCUCAGUGCUAUUCACAGACGCUGGUGAUAUUUCUUGGUUUCUAGUCUGCUUGAGUUCUGAGCUUGUUCCUGACAAUGCCUGCCAAUUCCUGAGCUCCUGUGUAGCAUUGUCUGUCGAACUGCUUCCUGUGUCGAUUCCUGUGUCAGUCCCUGUGUCGAUUCCUGUGUCUGAUCCCGUGUCCUGCCGUGAAGUGUUCCUGUACAGAAGUCCAGUGGCUUUGCCUAUGCCUAGUCGAGUUUUUGGCUUCUUGGUGUCCACCGGUCUGUCGUUUGGGAUUCUGCCUGUCCUCCAGUUCUGAGAGUCUGUGUCAGCAGCAUUGGGAGUUCCUGUCCGUUUGCCAGUAUUCAUACCGGUUCCAUGAGUAGCGGCUCUGCCGCGUUCGUCGGCCUAGGCCGCUGUUUUCCGUUAUUAUUUCUGUCACUGGUGUUUUGCAGAGGGUUCUGCUUAUGCGGUCACCGCCGGGACACAAGAGUAUUGUGUCGGCGUGUGGUCAGCAUUUCCUUUGUUGUUCUUUUCCUUUGGCGGCAAGCCGCACAUACACUUAGUUUUAGGCUAGUUAGUAGCCCCUGGCUUUGGUUGUUUCAGUUAGAGGGCCCCUUGUUAUCACCCUGUCUCAGUACACUCUUUGUCUCUCAUUAAGACCUGAGGGGGCAUCGAAGUUGGGCAGACGUAAUCCGCCCUUCAAACGCGGCUGCCAUGGGCUCAAGCAACCAUAGUCUCGCAAGAGUGUACUGACAGCACGGGCGAGACAACGGAGAUAGGGCGCCAGGGGCUAUUCCCUUUCCAUUCCCCUUUCCCAGCAUUACGUUCCAGUGCUCCGGUCCUUGCAAUAAGAUCUCCUCAGACCAGAGUGCUGGAAUCAUAACUCUGAAGUGAUCGCAAGUGCUGAGUAGGUUUUGAGCUACUCUGAAACUACACAAAAAUUUUUUGCAGGCGCUCUGCGAUAAAAACGUUCGCACUUCUGCUAAGCUAAAAUACACUCCCAGUGGGCGGUGGCAUAGCGUUUGCACGGCUGCUAAAAACUGCUAGUGAGAGAUCAACUCGGAAUGACCCUCCAUGUGCACUGCAGGUGUGGCAGAUAUAACAUUUGCAGAGAGAGUUAGAUUUGGAUGGGUUAUAUUGUUUCUGUGCAGGGUAAAUACUGGCUGCUUUAUUUUAACACUGCAAUUUAGAUUUCAGUUUGAACACACCCCACCCAAAUCUCUCUCUCUGCAUAUGUUACAUCUGCCCCACCUGCAGUGCACAUGGUUUUCCCCAACUGCUAACAAAUUUGCUGCUGCGAUCAACUCUGAAUUACCCCCUAUAUCCUCAGUGGAAUUCCCAUUCAGGUGUGCAAUUUAUUGUACUUGUUUGGAGGGAUACACCAUCCCGCAUUAUACAGAACUGUGAUAUCUCUACAGCAGCUGCGUCUGCAAGUGACUCAGAAUUAGUCGCUAUAUGUUUUAAUUGUGUUGUUGCUCUCAGAAGUCUAUUACUAAUAUUUUUGUUGUUGUACUUUUUAUUUUUGGUUUAGUUGCAUAUAGCGCUGGAGCAGGGAGAUUUUCCGCCCUGUACCGCUUCCACCCCUGAAAUUUUGAUGUUAUCAUGUAAUGCCAUUGCACCAGCAUCGUCACCAGAAGGAAUCACUGUCUGAAGCAUCCUAAGGGAGAUAAAUACACUUCUGUCAUUUGUCUCCCUUUGCACUCACUGGGUCCUGAGCAGAGUUGGAAGCACUUUUCUCUGACGUCCUAGUGGAUGCUGGGAACUCCGUAAGGACCAUGGGGGAUAGACGGGCUCCGCAGGAGAC